AUGGAAGGAAGAAAAGUGCAACAAUUACCUCAUCAUAUUGAUUUAAAUGAGCGGACUUCAAUUCAAGAUCCCUCUGAGAAUAGCAUGGAACAACAAGAGAAUCUCGACACUGAUGUCAUUGAGUCGGGUCAUGCUGCCGCAAUUCUAAACCCUAAUGAUAAUAACUCAGUUCAAGCUGAGUCAGUACCUGAAGGAAGUAAUGAAGCUAACUUAGUUCAAGCUGAGUCAGUGCCAGAAGGAAGUCAUGAAGCAAAGAGAGGGCGUAGGGAAAGGGUACAUUGGACGGAAGGUGAACACAAGUUGUUUCUGGAGGGGAUAGAAAAAUAUGGCAAGGGACGUUGGAAAGAUAUUUCAAAAGAAUUUGUGGUAACAAAGACUCCAAUUCAAAUUGCUAGCCAUGCCCAAAAAUACUUUAUCCACCAAAAUGUGAAAGAUAUAGAGAAGAGGAAAAAGAGAAGAAGCAUACAUGACACAACCUUAAACAAGAAUGGCACACUAGUCACUCUCGCUGUUGAACAAGAUGAGAUUCCUUCAGUCGAGCAACAAAGUGAGACUCCUCCUCAAGGAAUGCAACAGACACAAACACAACAAAAUGAGAUUUCUCCUAUGUUGUGCUUGCUUUUUUCAAUCGGUUCUACAAUUCCUGAUAAAGAGAAACUUGAGAAGAUGCGCGACUUAUUGGCAAAAGAACUUCGACGCUAG